AUGGUGCCCGGCCCAUUAGCAGUGGGUAGCAAGAUCAACGGAAAGACUGCCAAGUCCCAUGGGCCAAGAUACGAGCGAGACGCGGCAGAUGCUCCCGCUGCGGUUCGCUUGGAACCGGGCUCUGCGGAUGCGGAUGCGGAUAGCAUCAUCACCAAAGACUUGGCACGAGGCCAGGAGGUAUGA